GUGUGCUAUUGAGUCAGACUUCACUUUAAUUUACCCGACGCUUCCAAAAGAAGAAUGACGGCCGGUUUAAGCAACAGAUGAGAUGGGUCUACGGAGUUUGUCAGCUAUUAAUACCGUCCUCUAAACUGCUAUUGACCGGUUUAAACGCUUUGCUAUGAUCGACACGCAUUUCUCAACGUUAUAUGUGUUUAACUGACAGCAACCUUGCUGUUAGAAGGAAAAGGGGGAGAGGAAAGCGUCUGACUGCGCACUGCUGGCCCUCUAAACACACUCUCAUCGGGGACUUCACUCAAAAGGGCAAGAUUGUUUUACAACAUACCUGAUAUAGCCACACCAAUGCUUGCAUUUUAAACACACAGUCUGUUAUAAGUAUUAACAUUAAUCAGAUAGAUCAAAGACUAUGUGAAGUCGAUGUUGAUUGAAUACCACGGUUUGUUUUUCGUGCAAACGCUUGUUUUCUUGCAUUUCUGCUGAUCGAUUGUCAUCGAUCACACGUCGAUGAUGGCCACAGAUGCAGUAGCGACUGGAGAAGUCUCAAACCAGAGAGACUCGAGCGAUCUGAACGCCAACAGAAGUAACCCAGAGUCAGACACACCCAGCCGGACAUCUGAGACGCCAGAAAACAGAAACAUAACUAGCCCGUUAUCGUUAUCAUCCCCAUCGGUUCACUCCGAGGAAGAUCCACCUCAGGAUUCCAGAGCAAGGGAUGAUCCGCUGGAGAACGGAGACCUUCCGGUCCGAACAGGAGACACGCCGCAGGAAGAGACUCCAGACAAUAGACAGAAACAAGGCGUGAAGACUUCAACCCCUGUGAGAGAGCCGCACACACUCUCCUCUCCUGAAGAACACAACAGAAGUUUUGAGCACCAGGAGUCAGUUGCUACCACGGAGGCACGGCUGAGAAUGGAAGGGGUGGAGCUAAAGGAGGAGUGGCAAGAUGAGGACUUCCCCAGGCCACUCCCAGAAGAGGAAGAUAUGCAUCUUGAUGACGAGCUUUUCACCAGGUCUUCUGGUGAAGGAGCACCCGCUUCACAGUCUUAUGGACUAAACAGUGCAAAGAAAACCAAAAAGAAGCUUUUGGCUCCGGACAUCAGCCUAAACCUAGACCACAGUGAGGGUUCAGUCCUUUCAGAUGAGCUGGAUGAGAGUACAGAACUGGACCUGGACGACAUAGACACCCCUUCAGACAACAGCAACGAGUUUGAGUGGGAAGAUGACCUCCCGAAACCCAAAAACACGGACCUGCUGCGUAAAGGAGUGGAGUCAGUGCAAGAGUUCACCAACACGGAGGAACGGGAGGAGGGCCGUCGCUGGAGAGUCUUCCGCAUCGGAGAACAGGAGCACCGGGUGGACAUGAAGGCCAUUGAGCCCUACAAGAGGGUUAUCAGCCACGGAGGUUACUAUGGUGAUGGAUUGAAUGCCAUAAUCGUUUUUGCCGUUUGCUUUAUGCCUGAGAGCAAUCAACCGAAUUACAGAUACAUCAUGGACAAUCUUUUCAAGUAUGUCAUAGGAACUCUGGAGCUUCUUGUAGCUGAGAACUAUAUGAUUGUAUACCUGAAUGGAGCCACUUCACGCAGAAGGAUGCCCAGUGUGGGCUGGCUCAGAAAAUGCUAUCAGCAAAUAGAUCGAAGGUUAAGGAAGAAUUUGAAGUCUUUGAUAAUAGUGCACCCAUCCUGGUUUAUUCGCACCCUCCUGGCCCUCACAAAACCUUUUAUAAGCUCAAAAUUUAGCCAGAAAAUCAAGUAUGUGUUCAGCCUGACAGACCUGGCUGAGCUCGUCCCAAUGGAGUACGUUUCCAUUCCAGACUGCAUUAAACAGUUUGACGAAGAAAAAAAUAGGAAAAAACAUAAAAGGAUCGACCGGGACGUGCGUGGAAAGGUGGAGAUAGCCACCGCUGCAGUGCCAGAGUGAGUCGAAGAGGGAAGCUGGAAGAAUCAACGAAUGUGCUGGGUUACUUUUAACUGGAGAACGCAAGAUCUUGAUGUCAGAAAAGUGCCUUUUAAAGGAGUAGUUCAUCACGAAAUGAAAAUUCAGUCAUUGUUUAUGCUCUCUCGUGUCAUUCUAAACACAUGACUUUUUUUUCUUCUGUGUGGCACAAAAGAGGAUAUUUAGCAGAAUGUCCAGGCUGCUCUUUUUGAAAUUCAUGGUCCCCAUUCACUUUCAUUGAAUGGAAAAGAGGAGCUUUUGUGCUCCUAACAAGAGUCAUAUGGAUUUGUAACAACGUGAGGGUGAGUAAAUCAUGACAGAAUUUUCAUUCGUGGGUGAGCUGUCCCUUUAAAGUUUUGACUGCCUGUUACGCUAUGUGACUUGUGUUUUUUUUCUCCCGGUUGCAUUUGUGUGCCAAACACUUGUCAGAUGGCAUCUGAUUUCUGCUUUAAACCUUUUAAUAACAUUUUAUAUGUAAAAUUUCAAUAAGUAGAUAGUGUCAACAUGUUCUAGUUCCAGUUGUAUCUUGCUCUUAGUUAAGGCACUCCGUUUUCGAACUAGUCGAUGAUGCAUGUUCUGUGUUACAUUUAAAUAUCUAUAUUUAUAUCAAAAGGCGAUCAAUGAGAAAAAACAUAAUAUAUUUUUAUGAUUGAAACAUUAUUUUUAGGGCCACAGUCUGCCGUUGUUUGCCAUCUGCUCACUGAACAUCUCAUAGUUAUGCCACCGUAUUGUUUACUGCUGAUUUGGUGUAUGAUUCAAGAUCGUGGAGUAAUGUACAAAGGAGACCGAAAGUAUUUAAGCAAAAAUGUAUUGCACCAGUAACAUUUCUUCAAUUCACUUUCAUUAAUGGUUUGGGAGGGUUGGGGUUCUUCUUUAUGUUCUUGCAAGUAAACUUCAACACAAAAAUCACAUUGUCCUUGUGAAUGGUCUCGCAACAGUUCAAUGUUGUGUCAUUUCCCUUACAGAGAACAGGACAUCAUAAAGUGU